ACUUGACCGGUCUUGUCCUUUUACAUUGGAGCUUUAGUACAUUUUGGAGAGGGAGAGGAGCCAGCAAGGAGCUCAUCUGUCAAUACAACACAUCAAUGUUUGUUUGCGCUGUUUGACUGAUAUAACGCUGUGUAAACUUGGGCAUAGCAACAUUUGUUCUUAUAAGGCACCUGGCUGUCCCACCAGACUACUGCAAGCCAUGUCUAAAGAUGAAGAAGUUGGCUGCAAGUUAAACCCUACCUGUAAACAUAAGGAGCGCAAACCCAAAAAGCCUCAUUAUAUCCCUCGGCCAUGGGGAAAGCCAUACAACUACAAAUGCUUCCAGUGCCCCUUUACCUGCAUGGAAAAGUCACACCUCUACAACCACAUGAAAUACAGUCUGUGCAAGAACUCAUUGUCCCUUCUAAUAGAGUCUGACUGGCCCUACAAGAAGAACAACUUCCUUGUCCCAGAAGUUAACUUGAAUCAUGAAGCACACACAGAAGGCAACAGAGACAAGCAAGAAGCUUGUGAUUCUUCUGCAUCAUCUACAAAUUUGAGACACGUUGCCGAAAAAUGUUCCUCUGAGGUUCAGAGGUUCAUGGAAGAAGAGGAUGAGAAGCUGGAAGAUGAAGAGGAUGACGUAGCAAGUCAAGCGCCAAAGGAAAAAGGCAAGAACGUGUCCCCGCUACAGGUCAUUGCUGGCAAAAAUGAAGCCAAUGUUAAUGAGGCAACAGCUUUGAAGAACAAGAGGGAGAUUAUAGGUAAAGAAGGCGAGCCAGAGUUUAUUAUCACUGAUGUCUUCUCUUUAGAAGGGCACGGUGAAAAGGAUAGAGAAGAACAGAGAUUUGCAAAGGCUCCCAGGAAGAUGUCCAACAACUUAGGAAACUCUCGGCUUGAUCAGUGGAAACUAUUGACAAACACACUUAAAAAGAAUGUAAUUGACACACCAAUAGGUUGUAGCGGAACUAAUAUUAUUCCGUGCUACCCACCUCCAACAUAUGCUGAUUAUCAGGAACACCAGGGUCUCUCACUUCUGGGCCUCAACUACCCAAAAAGCAACAACCUCUUCUCUUACCUGAACCCUGCCAUGACAAGUGGCACAGCUCAGUUGCCCUUCUUAGCGUCUACAGCUCAGCUAAUGCACCCAGCACAUUUCUCCCAUUUCCAAGCUUUACAAAAUACUGAACGUUCCUCAUUUAUUCCCCAAUUCUACUACCCCUUGCUUUUUGAUCAUUCAUUCAACACAUCCGACACCAAGAUUGCAGGAAAGACAGUGAACCAAGGUCAACCAGGAAACGCAACAUUUGUCACUACUGCAAAGGCAAAGACACCUGUGGAAUCUCAGAAGACCUGCCUACCUAAAACCCAAGAAGCUAAUAGUCUCCUUUCCUGGGGGCCUGGAGACAAGCUGCAAAACCCAACUCUUGCCCAUAACAAGUCAACACAAGAAGGUGAGCCAAAAUGGGUACCCCAUACAGUAAGGGAAAUCAUACAACAACAGAAAGAGAUUUUAGGUGUUUAUGGGUUGCAAGCCUCGAGAAUGAAUGAAAACUCCACACAUAAAGGGACAACGGAGGGAUCUCCAUGGGAAAAAGAAAGCCCUACAAGAUGUGUCAAGAGAAAGACAUGGUUGGACAGAGAUAAGCCAGAAAGUAUAACUGACCAGACCACAUCUUCACUAGAAAGGGACAGAACCUUCCAUAACAGCCCUUGUUCUCCCAUAACCACUCCUGAUCACUGGAGGGAGAAAAGUCCAAUUGUUGAGAUGGCCACCAGUAAGAGGAGAAGAGGAUCUGAGACCACUUCAGAAAAUUCAGAAACUAUGGCAGUCAAUGCAUCUCUGCUCAUCGGGGAUCUGUCCAGAACCCUGGAAGAAUAUGGACGGGUGGAGCAAAAACUGGCCAAUCUGACAUCUGAUGACAACGGACGACAGAAAACUUUGUCGGAACAACUUGGCAAGAUAAGGAUGGAGCUGCUGCACAUCCACCACGCUCUGGAGAAGGCAUCCUCUACACAUGAAGGUCCCCUAGACCUUUCUAUCAAGAAGUCUGAAAAUAUGAUCAAGGAAGACUUAGUAAUGGUCCAACCAAGUGUGAAGCCACUGAUACCUCCUCCUCCUGAGGGCUCUCUAAAACAAGUAGUGAAAGUAGAACUUUUGCCCCCAGAACUGGUAACGUGUUAUGCCCGUCCCACCAAGUGUGAGGCCGACUCCAGUGUGCUGGUCUGCCCAGAUGGCAGAGUUGGCGGCAAUGGGGUUGCACCAACACAGGUUCCUGCACAAGAGGAGGGGGGUGGAUCAGGUGUAGGAUUUAGUAGAGGACGUAUACAAAUGGACAAUGUUUAGAGUCUCCAAACUACUGAUUCUGACAUCCCAACCACUGCCACCAGGUUAAAGAAAAAAAAACUCCAGUUAGUGAAAAAUGUCAGUAAACCUACUUGAGGCAUUACAUGCACUUGAUAUUUCUUUUUUUAAUAAGCUUCAGAAAAAACAGAAACUGGAGAUUGAAGUGACAUUCUCAGCAUCUGAGUGGGUCUACAAUUAACAGCAUUGUGGGCUGUCCAUUGUUGUAACAGAUUAUGUUGGUCAGUAUAUCUGUUAGGGUUUGAAUCUGAUUAAGGCAACUCUGGCAGUUUUAUUUUAGACACCUUAAAGCAGAGUUCCAGCCUGGGUGAAAUUUUUUUUAAAGUCAGCAGCUAGAAAUACUGUAAUAUUAGGACAAUUACCUGUCCAGGGAGCCCGCGAUACUGGCACCCAAAGCCAACCUGUCCAUCGGCUCUGGGGGCAGGCACUGGCAUCCUUACUAAGGGAAACAGGCAGUGAAGCCUUGCGGCAUGUGCGAGUCUCACAGCGCUUUCUGAAUGGUCUCACACAGGUCCCAGAAGGUGACGGGGGGAGGAGGAGGGCACAAGAAAAGCUGUAAAAGUGAAGUACGUCACCACGCACCGUGGGACGGGAGUCCGUAAGAAAAAGAUAUAUAUAUUUCCUAAAACUAGGGGGGUGGGGAGUGCUUCUGUUUUCAUAAGAGUUGAAUAUUUACCUGGAACUCUGCUUUAAUAAGGCCCAUAGUGCACAAAGGCUAGCUGUAUCAAAAAAAUAGAGCAAAGAGGUCAUCAGAAUUGAC